AUAUUUUCUUUUUCCCUCCUUUUAUAUAUAUAUUUCCCCUUUCUCUUUUUUAAUAAAGCAUGGAACAACAAUUAAUAGAAUUACUUCUUGUCGCAAAAAAAGCUUUAUCUAGUGGUCAAUCAAUAGGGGAACAAGCCAAUCAAUUAUCACAACAAUCGGAACUUCAUGCUGAUAUCAUUGAAAGAACGUGGCCCAAACUUGUCUUUGUUCACAAUCAUAUUCUCGUACAACUUAGUACUUUGGACCGAAUACGGGAUUUUGUUUUAACGAAAAUAGAAGCCAUGAGAACUAUUAUCAAGCAAAGAGAAGACACGUUGGCCAAAGUAUCAUUUGAUUUACAAUCUAUCUUUGGAUUAUUAAGAUCUUGUGAAAUUGAUCCUGGUAUUCUUGAACUCAAUCAACAAACGGGUCAAAAACAAGACCAGGUAGUUACUUUGUUUGAUUAUAUUCAAGACCAAGCAGUAUUGGAAUUACAACAACAUGCAGAUGAAGAACUAGGAAAAAUCGAGAUGCUUUGUAGUUCCGUUGAAACAUUAUCCAAACAAUUAUCUAAUCAAAUCAACGAACUGGCUGCCAUGAGAGAUAAUGCUUUAUCUAUCUCUUUGGACGAAUCCACUGCUAAUUUCGCCAAUGCAAAGACACAUGUUCAAGAAACUGAAAUGACAGCUAUGGCAGAUAUAUUGACUGGACUUACAAAUCAUUAUGAUCAAUUGGGUGAAGCUACUAGAAUAUGUCAGGCCAAUCCUGAAACAUGUGAAGAAUUAGAUAUCACAGUGCUGCAAGAUGAUCAUGAACGUCUACCGGAUAUUUUGAAUGAUUUACGAGAUUCUUUGGAUAUUGUAGCAUCUGUUAGUGAAGAAAUACAAGUUCAAAUGCAAAUUUAUACUACAGUACAAGAUGAAUUAUUAAAAGUAUUGGAUCAUUUCGAACAAUUCAGUGCUUCAGGUGGUCUUGCGGAUCAUAUCUCGGAAAAACUGAUAGUAGCAGAGAAUGAAAUGAAUGAACAUGAAUCAAAUUUGGAUCAUUACUUUGAACAAUUGACCUCAUUAACUGAAUGGUAUCGACAAUUCACUUAUUCUUACCAUCAAUUGAUCAUUGAAGUGGAACGACGAAGAAAAGUGGAUCAGGAACAAGAAAAUCUAAGACUUGAAUUGAUGCGUACAUUAGAAGAAACAUAUCAAGAGGAAGUACAAGAAAGACAUAGAUGGAUAGAAAAUCAUGGGCAAUAUUUACCACAAGACUUAUGUGCUUUUAUCUUUAAUCCUCCUUCGAAAUUGACAGUGAUCAAGGAACAAGAAUCAAAACAAUUACCUCAAUUCUCUAAAGAUACUAUACAAAAGGCAUUAGAAGAUGUCAAACAACAACAGAUACAAGACCAACCCUCUCAGUGAUAGUCCAUAUAUAUAUUAAGACAAAAUAAAAAUUGAUAGAAUUUGAUUUGUGCU